AUGGACCUCGGCAAGCGACGACGACUCGCACGUCCCGUGCGCGGGAUCCAGUAUGUCGAUGAUGGUUUCUGGUAUAUCGUCGCAGCCCUUUACACGGUGGCGAGCACAAUCAUAUGCCUAUUUUGGAGCAUCGUCGGAUCUGAAGCUGGCUUCCAGAAACUACGUGCCAACAGCCGGUCUGAAUCCUGCAUUGGCAUUCGGGUGGAAGCCGAUAAAGAGCCCAAGUUCUGGAUAGAGGACCGGAAGAUUGCUGCUAUCAAAUCGCUACUACAAGGCAUCGUAGCCGAGAGCUCUAUAUCUGAGAAGCGCCUGUCGAAGUUGACCGGUAAACUCUCGAACUUAUCCCAACUACUCCCCUACAUUCGACCUUACACGCAACCCUACUACGGGCUCCUCAGCGUCUUGCGUUCGAGAGCCUUACCGUUCGCGAGGUGCCCUCCAACGAGCGAAAUCAGUAUCAUCUCCGCCUUUCUAUUGAAGCUCAUUGCGAAAUACCUUCCUUCGCAUCCAGUGGGCUCCGUUCGACGUAACAUGCUUCGUAGACAGCCUAUCAUCUUGAUAGCGGUCGAUGCGUCGCUCGCGGCAUUGGGAGGUUUCAUUACACUGGCUGGCAGAGGCACGGCACGUCACCACCCUGCCGUCAAAUGGUUCAGCUGCAGUCUGAAGACCGAGGAUCUAGGUGUUUGGCGUUGCCUACUGAAAGACAAAAGUCUGCCUGAGGAGAGCAGGAAUAUGGUGGCUUUCGAGCUUCUAGCAGCUUGUCUUGGAUUGCGACUAGCUGAGAAGGAGUAUGCGGGUCUUCAGAAGCACAACGUCGUUCUGCUGACUGACAACGAAGCCACAAGAGGUAUCCUAUCCAAAAUGUAUGCGAAGACCGCAGCUCUGGCCAAGCUCUUACGAUGCAUGACGGAGACUCUGGCGAGUCUGUCCGACCAUAACUUCUUCCCCACUCGAAUUGCAAGCGAGCACAACAUCGUGGCCGAUAGAAUAUCGAGAGGCCAGCUGACGGAGGUACCAGCUGAGUGGGAGAGGGCCGAGAUUGACCUCCGUGCGGAACUCCACCAAAUGAGUUAA